AUGGCAGCAAAAGAGGUAAGCCUGAAGCUUUUCAUAGAGAAGGGAAGCCAACAACGGGUGCUCUAUGCUGAAGUAGAAAAGGAAUUUGUUGAUUUCCUCUUUAGCAUUUUCACUCUGCCGGUAGGAGUUGUCUUUCGGCUUCUGAAAGAGGGUAACGUCACGGUAGGCAGUUUGCAAAGCCUUUACCGGAGCAUUGAAAAUAUGAGUGUUACUCACAUCCAACCAUACAAAGACAAAAGCUUCCUGUUAGAACCCAAAGUAUUCAUGCCUGGUGCUAAACCCCCCACUCUCCUAUUGCCAAACGUUGGCUCAACAUUCCAUCGAUUGUAUAAAUGUUCAAGUUCGAACACAUCCAGUAGUACUUGUUUGAGUUACAUCGCUGAUAACGAUAGCACAAAUUGUGGUUCGUGCGGAACUAGAAAGAACUUGUUAGUAUCAUCCAUAGACUCCCCAAGCGCAAUAAGGGCAUUCUCCACUAGUGAGGAGGGUUACGUGAGAGGGACGGUUACGUACAUGGUGAUGGAUGAUCUGGAGGUAAAGCCCUUGUCUUCCAACGCUCUUGUCACUCUGCUUUCCCAGUUUAAUGUCGAUAUAAGGGAUCUUGAGGAGAAAGUGGUCGAUGUUGGUAUGGAUGAGCUUUUCAUAGAGAAGGGAAGCCAAAGACGGGUGCUCUAUGCUGAAGCAGACAAGGAAUUUGUUGAUUUCCUCUUUGGCAUUUUCACUCUGCCGGUCGGAGUUGUCUUCCGGCUUCUGAAAGAGGAAAGUGUCUCGGUAGGCAGUUUGCAAAGCCUUUACCGGAGCAUUGAAAAUAUGAGUGUUACUCACAUCCAACUAUACAAAGACAAAAGCUUCCUGUUAGAACCCAAAGUAUUCAUGCCUGGUGCUAAACCCCCCACUCUCCUAUUGCCAAACGUUGCCUCAACAUUCCGUCGAUUGUACAAGUGUUCGAGUUUGCGUCCGAGCGCAUACAGUUGUUGUUUGAGUUAUGUGGCUGAUAACAAUAACACAAUUUGUGGUUCGUGCGGAACUAGACGGAACUUGUUAGCAACAAUCAUAGACUCCCCAAGCGCAUUCUCCACUAGUGAGGAAGGUUACGUGAGAGGGACGGUUACAUACAUGGUGACGGAUGAUCUGGAUGUAAAGGUCUUGUCCACCACCUCUCUUGUCACUCUGCUUUCCCUGUUUAAUGUCAACGAUAUAAGGGAAAUUGAGGAGAGAGUGGUCGUUGUUGGCAUGGAUGAGGGUGUGAAAUUGCUCCAUGCUUCUUUGCAAUCAAAGACUGUUUUGACUGAUGUCUUCCUUCCAGCGAAGAUCAUUCGAACUGAGGUCUCAGUUAAGAAUGAGGGGACAUGUUGA